GCGGUGGGGGCGGGAGGGGCCCCAGGCAGACGCACCCGGACUUGGAGGGUUCUGAGGCCGGGAAAAGAGGGGUCGAGAUCCGAGCAGCCCCACGCCCCGGGCCGGUGGCCUCUUCUCGACGCCGCCGUGGUGAACUUGGGCGAGCCCAAAGCUGCAGCCACAAAGGAAGAUUCGUGGCGUGGGCCCCUCACUUCCCCUCCGGAGCCCGCCCACCCCUGAGCUCCUCUUCCUAGGAACUUCCUCCUUGCUGCUUUCCUUCUGUCUUUCCUCAUUUUUCGUCCUUGCUUCUCAGUGCUCCCUUCCCUGACCCGGUAAACAUCCCUGUCCUUCCCCCACAUCCCCAUGGGUAGUGGGUAUUUAUAGAAACAGAUACGUGUUAGGGGACAGCCAGACCGGCUUGCCCGGAAAAUCGAUCCCCCAAAGAGCCUCCCAGGCCUGGCUCCAACCAGCAGGGAGCAUCGCCAAUUGUCCCCCGCGUGUGUAAGCAUGUUUUAUGAGUGCUACAGGUUUGAGCACAGCAGAAAUUGUAAUUAACGUUAACAAAAAUAAGAGCCGCGGCAGCAGUCAAAACAAGACACCCCUGUAGGAUUCUGCAGUUGGACAUUAUUCAAAAUGAAAGGGCAAGCAUUGCUUUGGAGAUGGGAAGGAAAAGGCACCUAACAGGUGCUGUGCUCUCAGAGGGCCCAGAGGGAGGGAAGAGGCCGGCGUGGGACUAGUUUCUGGUGGCUGCGGAGACUGGCCAGCUGGAUUCAGCAUGUACCUUUUCUCAGCUCCCAGGGAUCACCCUUGGAUGGUGAUGGCCAGACUGGAGGAGGUCUGCGCUUGGAGGAGAUUGGCAGCAGUAAGCACACAAUGAAUGAUCACCUGCAUGUCGGCAGCCACGCUCACGGACAGAUCCAGGUUCAACAGCUGUUUGAGGAUAACAGUAACAAGCGGACAGUGCUCACUACACAACCAAAUGGGCUUACAACAGUGGGCAAAACGGGCUUGCCAGUGGUGCCAGAGCGGCAGCUGGACAGCAUUCAUAGACGGCAGGGGAGCUCCACUUCUCUGAAGUCUAUGGAAGGAAUGGGGAAGGUGAAAGCCACCCCCAUGACACCUGAACAAGCAAUGAAGCAAUACAUGCAAAAACUCACCGCCUUCGAACAUCAUGAGAUUUUCAGCUACCCUGAAAUAUAUUUCUUGGGUCCAAAUGCUAAGAAGCGCCAGGGCAUGACAGGUGGGCCCAAUAAUGGUGGCUAUGAUGAUGACCAGGGAUCAUAUGUGCAGGUGCCCCACGAUCAUGUGGCUUACAGGUACGAGGUCCUCAAGGUCAUUGGGAAGGGGAGCUUUGGGCAGGUGGUCAAGGCCUACGAUCACAAAGUCCACCAGCACGUAGCCCUAAAGAUGGUGCGGAAUGAGAAGCGCUUCCAUCGGCAGGCGGCAGAGGAGAUCCGAAUUCUGGAACACCUGAGGAAGCAGGACAAGGAUAACACAAUGAAUGUCAUCCAUAUGCUGGAGAAUUUCACCUUCCGCAACCAUAUUUGCAUGACGUUUGAGCUGCUGAGCAUGAACCUCUAUGAGCUCAUCAAGAAAAAUAAAUUCCAGGGCUUCAGCCUACCUUUGGUUCGCAAGUUUGCCCACUCGAUUCUGCAGUGCUUGGAUGCUUUGCACAAAAACAGAAUAAUUCACUGUGACCUUAAGCCUGAGAACAUUUUGUUAAAGCAGCAGGGUAGAAGUGGUAUUAAAGUGAUUGAUUUUGGCUCUAGUUGUUACGAGCAUCAACGUGUCUACACAUACAUCCAGUCGCGUUUUUACCGGGCUCCAGAAGUGAUCCUUGGGGCCAGAUAUGGCAUGCCCAUUGAUAUGUGGAGCCUGGGCUGCAUUUUAGCAGAGCUCCUGACGGGUUACCCCCUCUUGCCUGGGGAAGAUGAAGGGGACCAGCUGGCCUGUAUGAUUGAACUGUUGGGCAUGCCCUCGCAGAAACUGCUGGAUGCAUCCAAACGAGCCAAAAAUUUUGUGAGCUCCAAGGGUUAUCCCCGUUACUGCACUGUCACGACUCUCUCAGAUGGCUCUGUGGUCCUCAAUGGAGGCCGUUCCCGGAGGGGGAAACUGAGGGGCCCACCGGAGAGCAGAGAGUGGGGGAAUGCGCUUAAGGGGUGUGAUGAUCCCCUUUUCCUUGACUUCUUAAAACAGUGUUUAGAGUGGGAUCCUGCAGUUCGCAUGACCCCAGGCCAGGCUUUGCGGCACCCCUGGUUGAGGAGGCGGUUGCCAAAGCCUCCCACCGGGGAGAAGACGUCAGUGAAAAGGAUAACUGAGAGCACCGGUGCUAUCACAUCUAUAUCCAAGUUACCUCCACCUUCCAGCUCAGCUUCCAAACUGAGGACUAAUUUGGCGCAGAUGACAGAUGCCAACGGGAAUAUUCAGCAGAGGACAGUGUUGCCAAAACUCGUUAGCUGAGCUCAUGUCCCCCAAUGCUGAUAAUCUGAAAGAUACAUUGCUGAGCCUUACUGGGUUGAAAAGGAGUAGCUCAGACCUGUUUUUAUUUGCUCAAUAACUCAUUUGUAUCUUUUCAGCACUUAAUUUUAAUGUAAGCAAGUUGUUCAUUUUGUUUUUAUAAAAUACAUGAGGACAAUGCUUUAAGUUUUUAUACUUUCUGAAACUUUUUGUGUUCUAAAAGUACAAUGAGCCUUACUGUAUUUAGUGUGGCAGAAUAAUAACAUCAGUGGCAGGCCAUUGAUUACUUCGUGACUGCCACGCAUUUACAGAUUGGUGUCAAAGACAUUCACUAUGUUUUUAUGGUUCAUGUUAUAUUCUCCCCAGAGUGACAGCCCCUUAAGGCACUCCUUUUCCCUCCAUUCUCCAGGUCCAUGCACAGAUGUAGCAUGUCCUGCUUCUGUUUUUCAUAAAUUAAUCUGGGUGGUGUGGGUAGUGGGAGGAGAACGGUCAGGAUGAAAGUGAUAUUCUAAGAAAAACUGUACCUUAGAGAUUUUUCUCUAGUGUGCAAACAAAUACAAAAUAAGAUCCCGAAGGUUUAAACUGCCCAGUUAGCAUUCUGACAUUCUAAAAGCCGGCAAAGCAGCUUUUAGUGGAUAAAUGGAAAUGGAAACGUGUGUGUUCCUCCAGAUUUUCUAGUAUGAUCGACUAGUUGUUUUGUAAAGAAGCCUCAUGUUACAGAGUUGCUUUUGCACCUAAAUUUAGAAAUGUAUUCCAUGAACUGUUCCUCCCUUUUCUCUGCUUUUCUCCUCUCUCUUCCUUUUUUAAUACCACACAUCUGUUGCUUGCAUUUAGUUUGUUUUCUUCUUCCAACUGUAUAUCCCAGACUGUUAAUAGAGAAAAGAGACAUUUCAGCUGUGAUUAUGACCAUUGUUUCAUAUUCCAAUUAAUAAAAGAACAGCAGCCUAGCUACUUAAGGUGGGGAUUUCCAUAGUUCCAAAGAAGAUUUAGAAGAUUAGAGUGAGUUCACACUUUUCAGGUGCCACUGUAAGGUUCUCUUAGCCUGGGAAAGUACCAGCUCUUUCUUUAAAAAGAAAGAGGGUUGAAAAUCCUCUUGACAAACAGAAGUCACUUUGGCUGUUCACUAAGGCCAAUGUUAACAACAUGUUUAGAGGAAAAAAAGUUCAACCUCAAGUUAAAUGGUUUGACUUAUUCUUUGUAUCAUUAGAAGAACCCCAGAGAUAGCAUUCCUCUAUUUUAUUUUACUUUCUUUUGGAUUGCACUGAUUGUUUUUGUGGGAAUGACACUUUAUCUGGCAAAGUAACUGAGAGUUUGGUAAAAGAAUAUUUUCUUCUCUGAAUAAUUAUUUUUCACAGUGAAAAUCUCAGUAUUUUAUCACAAAUGUAUGAGCAAUGAUCUAUAUCAAUUUCAAGGCACGUGGAAAAAGAUUUUUAGUAUGUGCAAUUUAAUGUAGAAAGAUUUCUGCCUGUUUGGACAAUAGGUUUUGGGUAGUACAAGUUAGGAUAAAAAAUCUUAUAUAUGCACAGAGAUUAUUGUAUUACCUGUAAAUUGAUUUACAAGUACUUAAAAGCAUGGUCCCCAGUGAGGCCAAGAAAGUUUCUGGUUAAGUUCUUUAAUAAUAAUCCUAUAGUUUCUCUUAAAAAAAAAAGUAGUUUUGAAAAAAACACUUAUCUUUAGGCUUUUGUCGGUUGAUGGUGGAAAAACAUGCUCAGGAAAUAUUUCAGAUAUUUGCCAAAAAACCAGUAAUAAGGUUAGCUUAUUGAAAUAGUGAUAGAUAUUUGCUUUACUAUUUAAGGUGUCACUGAUAAAUUAAUUUGUACUUCUGUCUGUGUUUAGAAAUUAUAGCUUCUUUUCCUUUAGUCAAAUUCUUUAGCAUAUUAUACACAUUUCUGUGUAAUCUGUGGAAGUGCAAUAAUAUGUUAGUAAGUUACAUUUUAAAUAAUGCUCAUGUGACAGUACUCCCAAUCAAUGGCUUAUAGAAUUUAGAGAUCUGUGUGUUAGAUUUUGGCUUAAAGGCAUAAGAAGCAUAAGACUUGGUUUGGGGGUUUAUAAGACCACCAGCCUCUUAAUGAUGGUUAGCGUCUUUAGAUCAUUAAAUCAAUAAAAACAUAUACUGCUGUUUUCCUCUUCUAAUGCUUCUCUUCCAUUUCCAAUUAUCUUCACAUUUAAGUUUAAAUAUACAAACCUGAGCCUGCCGUUAUUAAUUUCCCUAUAAAAUGACGAUACAUGUGAAAAUUUAUAAAUGGACUAAUACUGCUUGUCUUUCCCUUACCACACAAAACUGGUUGAUAAGAUGCCAGCAGUGAAUUUGUGACUGUCUUUAUUCUUAAAUGGAAACCAGAAACUUUUACACCAAACUAUAAUGUGCAGCACUGUGGAGCUUUCUUUUUUAUUUUCCAAAUACAGUGAAAUUUUUUUGUUCACAAGAGCUGCCACAUUUUAGCUUUUAGUGAUAGCUGGUGUCAUGUCAAAAAAAAAUUACUGCAUCUUUGUGAUUUUAAAACAUAAAUUAAUGAAGGGCUCUGAUAGGCUAUUAGGAGUUGGCCUGGAAACAGUUUUUGGUCUCACAGGUUACCAUUGUCUAGGGAUGUCUGAGCUGUUUUCAGACUGAGGAAUAGCACAGUGUUGUCUUGUCUUUGGCAGUCUCAUUUGGCUCUGUUUCUUGCACCACCAGAGUGUUCAUUACCACUUAAAUAUAUUGCUCUAGCAGUGGAACAACAGAGUGGUGUAAGACACUGUAGAUUAACAGUAGAGGAGAAAUUGUGCCCUUAGUGUUAACAAUGUGCCUUUUGUUCUGAAUGCCAUACUGUAGGGCAUGCAUUUUUUGGCCUCUCUUUAACUCUUUGAAUACAGUCAGUAAGGAUGGAACCCACCUCUGCAAAGAUACAUCUGUCUUAAAUAUCUAGUUACAGGCCUUAAUAGAAACCAUAAGGCAUGACUCAUCUUCAGGCACUGAAAAAAGAUAACCAUCAGGUAGUGUUACACAGGGACUUCCUAUGUUUAAGGGGUUAAAGAUGGUCUUUGUUGUAUCUUAUCAAACUGAUUUUUAAAUAUUUUUUUUGUUAUGGUAAAACUAGACAAAAAUCAACUGUAUUUGUAAAAAUUUACCUCAAACCAUUUAAUUUUAUAGUGUGAUUAAUCCCAGGGCAUUUGGUAUGAACCAAAGUGCAUUCCUUUUAUAUGUGCCUGGCUCUAGUAAGGAUGGCCAGGGAUUUUUACAAUUUGGGUGCAAGGCACUUAAGCCACUUUUAAACUUAAUGGGUGGUUUGGGGUCGUGUUAAAUGACUCCAUCAGAAUGUUAGAAAACACUUUAGGCAUCAGUAGCAUUGGGCCAUAUUGGAAUCCUAAAGUGUGAAUUAUUUUAAGGAGAGCAUUCAUUUUUGUAAUUUUUUUCAUCAAGAAUAUUUCUGGCAAGCAGAAUUUUUAACAAAAACUGAUCUGGUCUUGGUUUAAUAUUGCCCAACAUAAUGCUGUGAUAGCAUUUAAAAAAAGUGUUUGUGAACUCUUUGUUUCUUAGGGGCUUGUACAUCUCUCUGCUAUGGACAUAUAUAAAAUUACUUGUAAUUAUACUCAGCUCAACUGCUACAGUUAUGUCUAGGCAGUGGCUUGGGUUUUUAAUCGAGCAACAACUUAGACACGUGACUGUAAUAUGCUGCAACUGUGUGUACUGAAAAUAUGUGAAAAUGGUUGAAUGUGGACUGUGUAUAUAUGUAUGUAAAAAUUUCUGUGAGAUGCUGCUGUCGCCACUUAACAUUAAAUAUGUUCUAGUGGAUUUUAAUCCUAGUGGCCAGUUCUAUGAUACUGUAUGUAUUGUACAGCUGAUGACAGGAGUAAGACUGUUUAGUGGAUAUUUGUUAAAUUUUAUUGUUGUGGCCAGAGAUAAUUUCAGAAUAAAAUUUUAAUGUCCUACCUUA